UAUUCAGUAAUAUUGGAAGAAAUAUUGUUAAAACUACCGAGGGUAAUGAAUUACCACGAACCAUGAUCUUGCCAUGAUCUUAUAGCGUGGCGUUCAGUUUUAUCCUCCGAAGUUUGCGGUUCUGAAAUAACUCCAUAAUGUAUUAAGAUUGUAUUUUAAAAUAAUCAUAAUAACCGGUGUUUAACACUGGCAGAGCAAAAGAGGCCCAGUAAAUUAAUUUAUCACUUUUUUCAAUAUGCGACCUCCAUGUCGCUACAGAUGGUCUCAAUGAAUAUGCUACAAACAAUGACGCAAAUUUAAUCCAAGUCGCAAAGAAUGCAAAUGAGCGUCCACGUGUACGUCACAAUCCCGGUGCGAGGGAUGUGCUUGCGGUCGAGACCGGUUUUCCCAAGUAAAUGUUUCACCGGGCCGCAUUCCCGUAAUGGUACGUAUCGGAAGCAGACUGGAUUGGAUGUUGUAAGGAAAAUUGUAUAAAAAGGUAUGUUCGUCACAAGAACAGCAUCAGUCAGUUGAACGAAAGACUUCUUGAAAGGUUCUAACGGACAAAACUCUCUUAACCAAAUCAACAUGAUCAAGCUCUUGUGCAUGUUUGCCCUCGUCGCUGUAGUGGCCUCGAUGCCCAACGGUCCGAUGGCCCCGAUGACACAGAUCGUAAAGCGUGAAGCAGUUGCUCCGGCCCCCGUGCCAAAGGUGGUUGAGGAGGACGCUCCUGCUCGGGAAAACGCUGGAUUGGAAGCUCAGGAUGACUUGGAUAAGGCCGAAUCGUUUAGCUUCGGAUAUCACAAGGUCAUCCACGUUGCUGCGCCAUACUACGCACCUUAUCCAUACUAUCCUCAUUACUAUCAUGGCGGUUAUCAUGGUUUCCACGGUUACCACGGAUACGGAUACUACGGAUGAAGAAAUUUUAAAAAUUUUGUGCAUAAAUAAAAAGUAAUAUAAACAACACCAAAUUGUUACAAAAUGGUU